AUGUCCAAAUCCCUUGUUUUCAUCACUGGUGGUACUGGCUUCAUCGGUGCUGAAGUCAUCCCUCAAGCACUUGAAGCAGGCUAUCGCGUCCGUCUCAGUAUCAGAAAGCCAGAGCAGCAAACCAUUAUUGAGCAACGCUACCCAGAGUAUGUCUCUGACAUUGAAACUGUUGUCAUCCCCGAUAUCAGCGAGCGUGAGCCUUUCGAAACUGCUCUAAAGGACGUCGACUAUCCCGCCUUGAAUGGUACUGAAGCAAUUCUCUAUGCUGCACUCAAGUUCCCCAACAUCAAGACAAUCGUCGUCACAUCAUCUUGUAUCAUCAAGGAAAACUCCGGAGAAGUGUUCCCGGUAGACGUCGACGUGAAAAUCUCGGAUCCAUACAGCCAGGAUGGCCAACGCUUGAUGUAUCGUAUCUCAAAAUUCUUGGCCCAUCAGGCCACUCGCGACUUCCUCGAACGAGAAAAGCCUGCUUUUAAACUUCUCACGACACAUCCAGUGUUUGUGAUAGGUCGCAGCAGGAUUCAGAACUCGGCCGAACAGGUUGACCUGGUCAACAACAUGUUGUGGUCAACCAUUCAGUACGGAAAUCCAGAGACUCCCUCACUCUGGGUGGACGUCAAGGAUUGUGCUGCUGCUCAUGUCAAAGCAAUCGAAUGCUCUGCCCCUUCCGGAACCGAGUUCAUUCACAACGGCCCUGAUGUCUCGUGGAACGAGAUUGCAGAAUUCGGAAAGCAAGAGUAUCCCCAGCUGGCUAAACUCGAACCGAACUGGAAUGGACACAACACAGGAGCAGAGACUGUCAAUGUUAAGAAGUAUCUCGGCAUGGAAUGGCGUCCCUGGAAGCCAACGAUGAGAGAGGUAAUGGAGCAGCAACUUAGUUUCCAGAGCCAAGUUCCGAAGUAA